GGCCUCGUCCCCUCACUCUCCGCUGCGGAGCCACAAUGCCGCAGUACCAGACCUGGGAGGAGUUCAGUCGCGCGGCCGAGAAACUCUAUCUCGCCGACCCUAUGAAGGCCCGUGUGGUUCUCAAAUAUAGGCAUUCUGAUGGGAGUUUGUGUAUUAAAGUAACAGAUGAUUUAGUUUGUUUGGUGUAUAGAACAGACCAAGCCCAAGACGUAAAGAAGAUUGAGAAAUUCCACAGUCAACUAAUGCGACUUAUGGUAGCCAAGGAAUCCCGCAGUGUUGCCAUGGAAACGGACUGAAUGGUUUGAAAAGAAGAUCUGUCAUGUUCUUAGGAAGUAAAUCUCUUUUGAAUCUGAAAAAGUAUUGGGAAAGAAAAUACUUUAUGUAACUAAGUGAGCUCUUCAGAAAUGGGGAGAUGAUUUUUUGUACCUUUUUUUUAUGUUUACUUUAGAGAGCUAGGAAUGUAAAUGCUUUCAGGUAGGAAACUUUUAUUUAUUUUUGGAAACUGAACAAAUACAUCUAUGUUGGGAAACCUUUUGCAGGUUGAUGUGGGACAAAAUACGUUAAUUAUUCUCUGGUAAGUUUGUUUCAGUAAUUUGAAAAUGAGAUACCAGUGAAAGGCAGUUCUUCCUUUAUUAAAUUUUAGUUAAUUUAAUUAAAAGGCAGUUAAUUAAAAGGCAGUUCUUCCUUUAUUAAAUUUAGUUAAUCUGUCUUUGAAAGAAAAUUAAAUGUAACUAUUUUGCCAGAUUGAUAUAUUUCUUUUGGAGCAUGAAAUCUGUGCUGUUGAUAUCCUACAAACAAAAUAUGGUAACUGGAAUUAAUCUGUGCACAGCAGCAUACCAGACUCUGUAUGAUACAGUGUGUAGUCUCUGUUCUGUCUGAAAGUGAUCAUGGAGGGCACUUGGGUGGCUCAGUGGGUUAAAGCCUCUGCCUUCAGCUCCCGUCUUGAUCCCAGGGCCCUGGGAUCUGGCUGCAUCAGGCCUCUGCUCAGUGGGGAGCCUGCUUCCCUUCCUCUCUCUGCCUGCCUCUCUGCCUACUUGUGAUCUCUGUCAAAUAAAUAAAUAAAAUCUUUAAAAAAUAAUAAUAAUAAUAAUAAUCAUGGAAACAGAUAAUGCUUUCCUUACCUAACACUUUACAAAUUUGAACUGUGUUUUUGAAUAUAAGGGAUUUGCAAGCAGAGACUUGCUUUGAAUCUAGUUUUCAGUGCUUGGAAACAACUGCAGUUACUUUAAGUGCAUGAACAGAGUGAGCACUAGUGGACUGAAAGCACCGUAUACACAAGUGUUUGCCACAGAUUUCCCAUCUGCAUUUUCCUGGAAGGGCUAAAGAUUAUUCAAACUGUUAAAUCUUUGCAUGUGUCUGUGCCUGCCCCCACUCCCCCCACUCGUUUCUCUCUGUAUUUAACCAGGGUGUUAAGCCUGACUGUCACAGCUGUUAUGUUUUCCAUUAGGCCAGAAGGAUAUUAUUUGAUAUUUAUCAUAUUGUAACCUUAAUUUUACCACCUAAAUGUUCACAUGUUGCUUCCUACAUUACAGUAUUUUUUGGUUAGGAAUUUGUCAUGUUGAGCAGCAUUUUAAUGUGGAAAAUUUUAUUAGCCAUAUAAAUUUUUGCAUGUUUCAGAGAAUUAAGUAAAAUAUUAUAUGAAUAUAUUGUUUCUGUUGAAGUUUUUAAGUUCUCAAGAAUAUACUGUAUUCAUUUAGUCUAAAAUGAGCCUGAUGAUGCUGUAAGUAAAUUUUGUUUGUUGUUUUGUUUGUUGGUAAUUUUUGUUACAUGACUUUCUCUGAAGAGGUAUGUUGAUGGCAAGGUUGUUUUCAUCAUUAAGAGGAGUAACAUCAAAUAGUAAAGGGUAUUUGGGGUUUGGGGUUGUGUCCCCACCCCCCACCCCUGAAUCAGUGGGAUCACUGGAGGAUUUUUGGCCUUUUUCUUUUUCAUUUACGCCUUCUACUUAUUAACACUACUUUAUAAAAAUAACCUGGAAGGGUGAGACUGGGAUUGGGAUUCCUCGGGUCCUUACAAUUUAGAGCUUAUAGCAGAGGGCGCAAGGCAGAUAGCCUGUGUUACAGUAUUGGCUCUGCUACUUCCUGACUCUGUGGUCUUUGGAUACUUCUCUGAGCCUAUUUCCUUCUCUGGAAAUUGGGCUGACAACAGUACUUCUAGGACUUGAGAAUCAAAUGGUAGAGCCUAUCUAGGUCAAUAAAUAGUAGGUACUAGCAGUAGUAAUUAUAUUUUUUUCAGGGGAAAAGGUGUACCUGGCUCUUAAAGUUUAUUUCAUAAUUUUAAUUGAAGGAUUAUUUAGAAAUAACAUCUGCUUUUUCUGCUGAGAGCUGUAUCUUUUAUUAAAUGUCAUUUUUGGCAGUUGGGGAACAAAAUAGGACUGUCCCCAUAAAGAGUGUUCUUAUGUGGGAAAAAACUGAAAUCCUUAAAUCUAAAGCUUCUGUUUGUGUUUGCACAAAAUAAAACUAUUAAGAUAA